GGUCGCUCUCCGUCGCCGCCAUUUGCAAAUUCUAUGAAUGAUUUGUGUAGUUUGUUCAAGUUGUGUUCUUCACGGUGUUAAUUCCAUGAAAGUGUGAAUACCUAGUACAAAUGCUUCGGUUAGCAAAACAUUAUAUUACUAAGUAACAAAUCCCAGAAAUAAUCAUGGAGCCAACUUUGGACGCGUCCUUAGUUGCGCAGUCCAUUAAUUACCACGGUCAACAACUACAAAAAACUUGGGAAGCUGAACGAGGUGAAGAUGAUCUCUCUAAAAUUGGCGUGGGCGCUUUGGAUUUUGCGGUGUACCAAUCCAGGCACAAGCACCUAACAUUUCAAGACCGUUCCAAAAGGUUGAAACUUCACCAAUUUAUAGCAAAGGAAGCCAUCUCAUUGUUCGAUGUUUCUUUAUCUGAGGAAACACCUUCAUCAUCUAGUUUGGGAACUGACUCAACUACACCAGAGGACAAUUUAUAUGCUCUAAUGCCACCAUUUGAAACAUUCUUGAAUGUUGAUAAAGUUGCUCGGUUAAGACAUUUUUUUGAUAAUGUGAAGACUGGAGAACUGAUCAUUGGAGCUGUCAUCAACAGGACUGCUUCUGGUAUGAUGUUGAAGGUCUUGUGUACAGCAGGACCCACAUCUAGAUAUGUUGCUGAUAUUAAUGUGAAGGCUUUUUUACCGGUUACGAAUAUCAUACCAGCCAUGGACAAGAAAAAUGUGUCAAGAAACUACCUGAUGAAUGACACUGUAUGCUGCGAAGUCAUAGAAGUUAUUCCUGAUACUGACAAAAUGGUGUGCGGCAUGAAGGGGGUCACCAGAGGUCCAGAUGACCCACCUCCAAAGCCUCCUCUAGGACUACUCAGCACUGAUGACUUUCCAUUGGUUUACAAGAAAACAAUGGAUAUGAAGGGAGAGAGUUAUGAAGCCAUUCUGGAGAAGAGUCCAGGCUUCAAUAACCCCAACUGCGUCCAAUAUCUUUCAGAACUCCUUGGCAUUGCUAAUAUGCAUUGCACCAACUUUGCGUCCUUGAGAGGAGGAUUCCCGCCAUCUGAAUGUGUGGAUGAACUUCGUCAAGCUCAAGCCAGCAAGUGGGCGUUCCGUUCAGUUGCAGAAGGCAUAGAACAUUUCAAGGCUGGAAGACAUUCUGAAGCUUUUCAAUGUCUGAACAAAGCAUUGAGCAUUGAUCCAAGAAAUGUGGAAGGAUUAGUAGCAAGAGGAGCUCUUUACGCAAACAGUGGAACAUUCAAGAAAGCCAUAGAAGACUUUGAGACUUCAUUAAAACUGAAUCCAAAUCACGCUAAUGCAAGAAAAUACCUUGGAGAAACUUUAGUUGCAUUAGGUCGCAGUUAUGAAGAUGAAAAUAAAAUAACAGAAGCACAAAAGGCCUAUGAAGACUGUUUGGCUAUUAUACCAUUCCAUGAAGAAGCACAGAAUUCAUUAGAUUUCCUUAAAAGUAAAACUUCCACAGCAAAACCAUUGAUAGAACCUGCCGAGUUGCUGCUACCGGGCUUAACAGGUGCAAAGUCCUUUGAAAUGAAAGAGACACUGAAGCAAUUGCUAAAUCUGACAGAAAAGAAGGACAAGAAAAAGAAGAAGAAACGUGGAAAGGGGAAAAAGAAGAGAUCAAGCAGCUCAUCAUCAUCUUCAAGUGACUCUUCUAGUUCUAGUUCAUCUUCAGAGUCCUCUUCAUCAUCUUCAGAUACCAGUGACUCGGAGGGUCCCAACCGCAAGAAGAAACGUCGCUCACAGUCAAACAACAAACGGCAGCGGUCUCUCUCGCCGCUCAGCAAACGUAUGGCUAUGCUCGGCGAGGCGGACUCUGCGUCGCGCACGCACAACUCGCAGUUUAACCACCCGUACGGCUAUCAACCGCCGCCGCCGCCCGUCGAGGAAAACAAUGUACAGCCCAUACGCUCUCAGGCAGAUAUCGACUAUGAGUUGAAGGUGCGCAAAUUCUUAGAAAUGACGAAAGAAGAUUCCGACUAUGAAGAUAAAGUUCGUAAUUUCUUGGAAGAAACUACUCAAUACAAGAGGAACCGUAAAAUGCAAGAGUUGGGCCAACAACCGCAGCCGGGCGCCGACCAUGAUAAGAAAAAAAAGAAGAAGAAAGAUAAGAAAAAGAAGAAAGAAUCAAAGCGAAAACGCAAAGAACAAGAGCGUGAAGAGAAAAGAAAAGCUAAACUGGCGCGCUCCGCCGCGAACAACACUGAAUACAGCCUUCGAGACUUGGAGAACCUUAGUGAUAAAAAACUACGAGACGCUAUCAGGAAAGGGAAAUCAAAGCGGGAUCUUAGUUCUGACGGGGAUUAUGAUAGAAAACAUGGUGAUAAGAGGAUAUUAGAUGAAAUGCAUGGUUUAGAAGAGCUGGAGUCUAAACUAAGUGCGUACCAUGUUAUGGUGGAAAAGGAAGUUUUGGGCAAACGCGACGGACGUGGGUCUAUCAGCCCAAUAGACCAGGCACCCCCUCCACCCUUAGAGACUACAAAGUGGAAGAUGUCCAUGAGUGCUGUUAAAGAUUCUAGGGUAAAGAAGAAAGAGACUCCAGUACCAAAGGGCUAUAGAGAACGUUAUGCAUUUGAAGACAGUUCUGAUGACUCUCAAGACACCAAGCCAACACCGGGCGAUAAGAACGUGUCUGUACGUCGCGCCAUGGCGAUGAAGGAACUGCCGCCGCUGCCGAGUGCACCGCCACCCGGCAAGUCGCGCGAGCCCGACCCGCCAGGCACCGAGCCCCCGCACCCGCCGGUUCGCAAAGGCAACAUAGUGCUGGACAAGUUCGGUUCGUUCCGCUUGGCUCAGGAAGGCGAGACGCCGGUGUCUGUAGGCGAGGGCCGCCCCGAACAGUUCGUGACGCGCAUCAAGCCGCCCUCGCCCACGGCGCGCCGCCCGCGCUCGCCGCCCUCACCGCGCCGCCGCUCCUCCACCUCCGAUGACGACCGCCGCUCGGGCAAGCGCUCGCGCAGCAGGUCUCGGCCCCGCAAGUACCGCUCGCGGUCGGGGUCGCGGUCUCGCUCGGCGUCGUCGGGCAGCGGGUCGGGCGGGUCUCGCCGCCGCCGCUCGGGGUCGCCGCGCUCGCGCUCGCGGUCCGACGCCAGCCGAUCGUACUACUCGCGCAGCCGCUCGCGCUCGCGCUCCGUCUCCAGGGAGAGGUUCCGUCGCUUCAACCGCCGCGGCAACUGGCGCGGGCGGGGCGGCUACGAGCGCGGCACCUACUACCGGCCGCGAUUCCACACGUACAACGGCGGCGGGCGCGGCCGCGGCCGUGGCGGUGGCGGCGACUUCCGGCGCGACGACGGGCGGCGCUUCCAGCACGAGUGGCGCGACAACCGCUCGAGGGGCGGCCGACCCUUCAGGCCGCGGCGGGGCGGCGGCGGUAGAGGGCGCCCCUUCAGGGGUGGCUUCAGAGACUUCCGCGAUAGGCGAGGCGGCGGGCGAUAUUCGCGAUCACGAAGCCCCGACAGAACGCGCCGGUCUCGCUCCUACAGUCCCGAGCGACGCGAUAAGGACAGAGACAGCUACUCUCACUAUUCUGAACGUGAUAGUCACCGCAGUGAAGGAGAAUAUGAAGAAGAAAGAUAUGUGGACAGAAAGGAAUAUGACGGAAAGUGGGCCGAUGGCAAUGAACCGGAAAGACCCCAAACUGAGGAGAAACCAGCUGAACAACCCUCCAAAGAAUAACAGUUUUUACAAUGUCUUUAGGAUUUUCACUUUUAGGUGUGCCAAUACACUGCACAUGAUUUUAACAAAACACCUUAUCUUUUAGUUGUAAAUAUAGGUUAGAUUACGCAACUAAUUACUAUAAGACGCUGCUCUUAUAAUCAUUUAAUAUCAAUAUUGAUUGUUUAAAACAUUCGUUUAUUUCAAUUUCACUGUGGUGAACUGUAUUUGUUAACUUUGCUAAUGUCAUGAAUUAAAUGCAAAUUCAAUAGAAUUUACUUUUUCCCUACAACUCUGCCCAAUUGUGUACCUCAAGUAUUAUUAUGCAUUUAUGUGUAGAAAAAUACGGCGAAUCCUUUAAAAAUUGCAUUAAAUUGAGUUUAUAUCCUUUAAACAUUUAAAUUUAUGGCAAUACAAUGUGAAACUAAAAGGCAAAAAUAAAAGGUCUCCUUUCAUUCCAACUUUUUUAAGUGAUAUGCCAUACAGUCACUAAUAUUGUUCCUUUAUAAUAUAAUUUAAGGAACCAAAUGUAAUAAUUAACUAGUUAAUAAAUGGAUUAAAGACA